GAAGAGCAAAGUUGUAUUCUGCUAGCUCGAAAUUUAUGCAGCACCGUUUUUGUUUUUGUCAGUGUAACACAACCUCAAACGUUGAAAAUCUCUAGGAUAUAGAGUGGUGGUGUGAAGAGUUCCGUACUUGUGCCGGUUCUUAAAAUCUUAUAAUCAUCGGGGCUUAUGAAUUUUUCCGGUAAAUCUGCUGAGAAAUUUCCGGAUAUCUGUCACCUGGUAACGAGUGAAUUAAUUUUUUGAGUCAUUCGCCGUACAUAAUUUACAUGAUGAAUUCUGAGGAACAUUUGCUGGACUUGGUGCGACAGGAAAUUGUCAAUAACAAUCUACAAGUGAAAGCUAUUAUUCAGGAUAUUCAAAAUUGCACCGAAUCGACAGAGUUAUUGAACGAGCUAAAUGCAAAAGGCAGAGCGAAAAUAGCGGCCCUGCGAUCAAGUAUUGAGCGAUUGGAGAGCUUAGCGUUCCAAGAACGCAGCGAUAAACGGAAAUUGGAGAUUUAUUCAGAAAUAGAGAGUCAUAAAAGUCAGUUGACUAUUACCUUAGCCGCCUUUCGCAACGCUAAUGUUGUCAGUGCCUGUGUUAUCGACAGAAUGGCUAAGGAUGAAUUAUUGGGGAUGCCCGACGGACAUCAGAGUGCAUUACGAAAACGGCGAGAUAAACAAGCACUGAUAAAUAUGUCAGGCGGCGUUACCGACAAGUUAUUGGGCAUCUCUAGGCAUCUGGCGGAAACCACUCAAAAAAGCGCUUACACCUUAGACACCCUAAUUACGUCGUCGGAGAAAGUGACCGGGACGAAAGAUGAGCUUGAACAUCAGCAGCAGGUAAUUGUGCAGUCUGGAAAGCUCCUGGGAAAAUACGGUCGGCGCGAACUUACCGAUAAAGCGUUGCUAGUUCUAGCAUUUGCAUUUUUCUUAGCCUGCGUAUUUUACAUUCUUCAGAAACGAUUGCUCUGAUUACACAGCAGAGAAAUGCAAUAAAGCUUAUUGGUUUUUACUUGUAACUGAAACUAUAUACACCCGGCCUUCUGUAAUCCGUGCUCAGAGAACUGAAAAAACUGUGUCAUUCGAAGCGCUGAAUAGUUUUGUGUACAGCUUGUACAUUUUCAGGCAGCUGUUUUUAUCACCGAAACUGACGUAAGUUCGCCAUGAGUGCUGUGGUUGUAGGAAAAUUGCAUAUUAAGAGUUUGGCGUUGAAGUACUUUAAUCAACCAGUUUUACAAUCACACUUCAAUAUUAAAAAUAAUAUUGAAAACGUUUCAUAGAAUAAAAAUUCUGUCACUGAACAUUCCAAUGCAAUUUGCACGUUAACGGAGAAACGUAUAAUGUACGUGACUGUGCACUGUGGUUAAUGUUACAGCAUCAAUUCUAGUAUAUUAUGUAUCUAAUAUUUAUACGUGCAGUAUCCAGGUUGUAAACCCAGAGUUAAGUGAAUAAAUAUAUUUUAUAGCAAUCUGCAAA